AUGGAUUCUAAAAGUAAUGUAUUUCAAACUAUUACACCUAAUGGUAUAGUAUUAAACACUGAUGACCGUACUGUAACCUUGGAGGAAACUAUAGUUAAGGGUCCCUCCAUUUCUAUUCAACAACAUUUAACCAAUUUGGACAUCUAUAAAAACUCACAAUUGCCCAUAAGUAAUAACAGUGCCAGUGGAAGUCCUGAUUUCACGAACAGCAAUCGUCAUUAUGGUGUUGAUGAAAUGGUUAGGAUGAAAAUGGCUCUUAAGUCAAAUAUUAAAGAAGAAGUUAUGUGGAGCUUAAGAAAAUUUUUAACUUACAGUACGAAAGCUCCUUACUUGAUGUCUCUCAAAUCAACCACAAAUCUGGAUUUAUUAAAUGAUUUUUUAGAAAUUCUUGAGGAAUUUGAUAAGGAUUUUCUAUCAUCAUCACCCAGUAAAAAAAAAUUAAGGAGCUUACUAAGUUCAGAUGACCUUUUCAAAUUGCAAUGUACUCUAACUAGCCUACUAAUUAUUAGGAAUUUAGCACAAGAUUUGGAUAAUACCCAAAUUUUCGCCGCUAAUUCCAUUUUAAAAAAAUUUCUGUUAAGUUUAAUGUCCUUCAAUAAUAAUCCCAAUAAUAUAAUUUAUCCAGAUAAUGUCAAGUAUUUAACUGAGUUCCAAUUUUAUGUUUUAGAAAUUAUGGAAAGUAUUGCAUCUUUUAUUGCGCCAGCAAAGAAAGAUGAUCCAUAUUUUGAAAACCUACUGCACAUUUUAACUCAAUCUAAAGACAACCAUUUGAUAAUUUCAAUUUUAAGAUCAAUGUCAAGAUUACUUGUAAGGUCUAGGAUAGGUGAGGAAAGUUCAGCCGAUAAUAUUAGUGAUGCCGUGUUAACGCAAAUCGUCUCAUAUUUGUUAUUGGCAAAGUCUAACUGUAAUAUAGCGGAUUCUAAUAAUGAUUAUAAAUCUUCAGCCAGCGGAAGCAAAAAGUAUAAACCAAUCAAUACUACCAAUGACAUUAAUGAUAAAUUAAUUUUGGCAUCAUUGGAUUUUCUAUACCAGUAUAUUUUACCCGGGAAUGAGAGAUUAGCUAUAUUAUUGGAGAACCCUACUAGAUAUAGCAUAUUGUUUACGACAUUGCCUAAACUAUUAUCAUACAACGUGCUUAACUAUGGUGAAUUCAAAACUAUUUUAAACCAUACGGAGGUAAAGCUUAUUAAAAGAGUUGAAUUACCACCACCUGAAAGUCCACCGGCUUUGCCUAAAGCAUUAUACAAUCAGAUUUUACAGAUCGAUGAGCCUAAAAGAUCCACCUGUUGGCUAAGGUGUUGUUUUGAGCCGGAUUUAGAGAGCGAGUUUACUCAAAUUAAGCUAUGGAGAGCUUAUGAGUCUUCUUUUGGUGCUAAAGUUAAAGCUCAAGGUAGAAGAAUGAUUCCUGCUGUGGAUUUUAUUAAAAAUGUUUCCAAUUGCUUUUAUAAAGCAUGUGCUAUGGUUAUCACUGAUGAAAAGACAAACACUAAAAGAUUUGUUAUUAAGGGUAUUAAGCCAAGACGACAUGCCGUUGAUAUAGUUAAAGGUACCCAAGAAGCUAUGGCAGUCAUUGCACCUGUUACUAAUUCAAGCAAAAAAAAUAAUCACAACAAUACUAAAAAUAACAAUGGAAAGGUACUGAAGCCACCAAGACAAACAAAAUUGCCAGAUAUUACCUUUCCAGUUGAACUAUCAUCUGUUUCUAAUACAGCCGCCAUGCUUCUAUGUUUAAUAUCAUCUUUUAUAUCCCCCUCUAAGAAUGAUGAGGACAUCAAAAAAUUCUGCACAGAUAUAAAACCUUUUGUUAUAUUAAAAAUAUCAACUAUACCACCUUUAGGUAAGCACUUGUUUGAAUAUCUGGAAAAUACUAAAUAA